GCAAGUUUCGUUUCUUGCAUAGCAUAGAAGACAACACCGCCACCACCACGCCAACAGCUCUCCUCCACCACCGCCAACGGCAUCGUUAUACGCAGCAGAUUCACGAGAUCUGCUCUCUAAGUCCCACUAUUUCCCGCAUAGUUAGCAUUCAAACUUUCUCUUUGUAAGUAACUUCCCAAUUCUCUUAUUUUUUCAACUAAAACCCUCUCCCUUUGACUUCAUAUUAUUUCGAUCAUUCCCUACACUAUCUUCUUCUUCUUCUUCCUCUUCUGCUUUUCCUUCUUCUCCUUCCUCUUUGAUAAUUUACCUAGGAGCAAACAAAGGAUUGCAUUAUGUGGUUUACCUGUACAGAUAAUUAGGGUUUCUGGAGAAUGAGCGAAUUUAAUGGGUUGAUUUGUCAUCAUUUGAAUUCAAUCACUGAGAAGGCUGGAGACUGGAAACUGGCUUUGGUUCCAGAAUCAAGGUUUUAGGGAAUUUAGGGUUUAAUAUUCUAGAGCAGGAUUCUGCUUUCUCUGCUUAAUCGAUUUCGAUUUUCGUGUGUUUGGAUCACAAGGCAAUCAGAGUUUGGUCAAUCUGAUUCUGAGAUGCAAAGUCGUUUAUGAUGAUAGAAUGACAAUGGUGCGGCUUCUGGGACUGAGUCGUGGAGAAUCUGACGAGUCACCCAGGGAGAUCACCUCGCGAAGUAAUCUGAUCAGUGAGUCCGGAGAGAGUGGGUGGCUAAUCAGGUUCUUUGACUCGGCCUUUUUCUGUGAGUGGAUCGCAGUGAGCUACCUAUACAAGCAUGAUCACGCUGGGGUACGUGACUAUCUAUGUAAUAGAAUGUAUACCUUGCCCUUAUCAGGUAUUGAGAGUUAUUUGUUCCAAAUUUGUUACAUGUUAAUCCACAAGCCAAGCCCAUCUUUGGAUAAGUUUGUUAUUGAUAUGUGCUCAAAGUCUCUGCUGAUAGCUUUGAAGGUGCAUUGGUUUUUGUUGGCGGAACUUGAGGAUUCUGAUGAUAAUGAAGGUAUUAGUAGGAUUCAGGAGAAGUGUCAAAUUGCAGCUACUUUGAUGGGAGAGUGGCACCCACUUGUGCGACCACCUAAUGAGUCUUCCAGCCCUGGGGGUAAGAACCAGGUUUUGAAUAAAAUCCUGUCAUCAAAACAGAAGUUUUUGUCACUGACAUCUUCACCGCCUGUGAGCAAGUCUUUAUCAUUUUCACCCUCAUCAGGAAAUAAUUUAGUGGAGGAUGGAAAUCUGAUGUCACCAGAUGAGAACAAGCUUUUUAAGAAGUUUAUUCCAGGUCCAAAGGUCAGAGAUGCAUUGCUGUUUAGGAAGUCAGUGGAGAAAGAUGAGGAAGAAAGUGAAAAAGACGGGUUUUUCAAGAGGCUUUUGCGGGACAGCAGCAGAGGUGAGGAGGAGUCAACUUCGAAUUCAGAUGGCUUCUUCAAGAGGCUUUUGAGGGAUAACAGUAGAGGAGAGGAUGAGGAGUUGACAUCUAGCUCAGAUGGUUUUUUCAAGAGACUUCUGAGGGAUAGUAGUAAAGCUGAGGAUGAGGAGUUGACGUCAAGCUCAGAAGGGUUUUUCAAGAGGUUGUUUCGAGAUAACAAGAGUGAUGGUGAUGAUAAGUUAGUUUCUAAAUCACUAGAAGAUGAUGAAAAAGAGGGGUUCCUUAGAAAAUUCUUUAAGGAGAAGGUUGAGGACAAGAAGGAUGGAAAUGAUAGGAAUGAGCAUGAAGAAAGGGUGAAUUCUGAAGAAAAAUGUUCCAAAUCUGCAGAGGAUGAUGAAAAAGAGGGUUUCUUCCGGAAAUUAUUUAAAGAUAAGUUUGAAGACAAGAAAGAUGGAAAUGAUAAAAUGGAUGAGGGUAAUGUGAAUGGUGAUGAAGAAGAACCUUCUGAAUUUUCAUUGUUUCGGAAAUUGUUUCGGGUGCAUCCUGAGGAUGCCAAAACUACUGCAGUGACUGAGAAUAGCAAUAGCAGUGGCUUGUUUGAUAGCAGCCCAGGAACUGAAAAUUUUUUCCGCAAACUGUUUAGAGAUCGUGAUCGUUCACUUGAAGACUCAGAGUUAUUUGGUUCAAAGAAGAAUAAAGAGAAGCAUCCAGGUUCACCAAAACAACAUAAUGAAAAGUCAAACAUGAAGCCUCCACUUCCUAACAACACAGCAUCUCACUUCCGGAAGGGGGCUUAUCAUGAGUCGCUAGACUUUGUGAUGUCGCUUUGUGAGACUUCUUAUGGCUUAGUGGAUAUAUUUCCGGUUGAAGAUCGCAAAAGUGCUCUUUGUGAGUCACUUGAGGAGAUGAAUUUACAUUUAGCUGAAGCUCAGAGUAGUGGAGGAGUUUGCUUUCCAAUGGGAAAGGGGGUUUAUCGUGUAGUUCAUAUACCUGAAGAUGAAGCUGUUCUUUUGAAUUCUAGGGAAAAGGCUCCAUAUCUGAUUUGUGUUGAAGUUUUGAAAUGUGAAUUGCCAAGCAAUACGAAGGAUGGUUUUGGUGCACAAAAGCUUUCCAGAGGAGGAAUUCCUCUAGCAAAUGGAGAUGCAUUUUUGCCAAAGCCACCUCCAUGGGCCUAUCCUUUGUGGACCGCCCAGGAAGUAUAUAGGAAUAGCAGUGAUAGAAUGUCAAGGUCUACAGCUCAAGCAAUUGACCAGGCAAUGUCCCAUAGUUUGGAGGCGAAAUUGAAAUUUGUUAGUGUGAGCCUUUAUGUGGAGAAGCAAUGGCCCCGACAGUCAGUGAACAAUCAGUCACGUGAUAUUCGCCAUGGCAUUAAUCGCAAUGGUCUGCAUCAAAGAACAGCUGACUGUGGUGAUUUGGAAUGGGUAAGGGUAGUGCUGACGGCAGAUCCUGGAGUUCGCAUGGAAGACAUUGGGGAUCAAGGACCACUUCGUCGCAGAGAGCAUCGUCGUGUCCCUAGUACAAUUGCCAUUGAAGAAGUGAAGGCCGCUGCAGCCAAGGGAGAAGCCCCUCCUGGACUUCCUUUAAAAGGAGCUGGUCAAGAUUCCUCAGAUGCACAGCCUAGGGUUAAUGGUAGCAUCCCUAAGGCCAGCGAUGCUCUAUCUGGUGAACUUUGGGAGUUGAAGAAAGAGAGGAUUCGUAAAGCUUCAGUAUAUGGAAAAUUACCUGGUUGGGACCUGCGCUCUGUUAUUGUGAAGAGUGGUGAUGAUUGUCGGCAGGAGCAUCUUGCAGUUCAACUCAUUUCUCAUUUUUAUGAUAUAUUCCAAGAAGCUGGCCUCCCUCUCUGGUUACGUCCCUAUGAAGUUUUGGUCACUUCAUCUUAUACAGCUCUUAUUGAGACAAUUCCUGAUACUGCUUCACUUCAUUCUCUCAAGAGUAGAUAUCCCAACAUCACAAGCUUGCGUGACUUUUUUGUUGCUAAGUAUGAGGAGAACUCCCCAAGUUUUAAGCUUGCACAGAGGAACUUCGUGGAAAGUAUGGCAGGAUAUUCUCUAGUGUGCUAUCUGCUACAGGUUAAGGAUAGACACAACGGAAACUUGUUAUUGGAUGAAGAAGGUCACAUCAUACAUAUUGAUUUUGGAUUCAUGCUCUCCAAUUCACCUGGUGGUGUUAAUUUUGAAAGUGCACCCUUCAAAUUAACUCGGGAGCUUCUUGAGGUCAUGGAUUCUGAUGCUGAGGGAGUUCCAAGCGAGUUCUUUGACUAUUUUAAAGUUCUAUGCAUUCAGGGCUUCUUAACUUGCCGUAAGCAUGCAGAGCGUAUUAUUCUUCUUGUUGAGAUGUUACAGGAUUCAGGUUUCCCUUGUUUUAAAGGUGGUCCACGGACAAUACAAAACCUAAGAAAACGAUUCCAUCUAAGUUUGACAGAAGAGCAAUGUGUCUCGUUGGUGCUUUCUCUUAUCAGCAGCAGCCUUGAUGCUUGGAGGACACGACAGUAUGACUACUAUCAGAGAGUUUUGAAUGGGAUAUUGUGAGGAUAUACUGCAUUCUUUGCUCCCUUUGACAAUCGCCAGUUCAGCGCGUCAUUUUUUAUCAGAGUUGCAUGUAAGUUGCAACUAAAUCACUGUCAUACAAGGGAAAUUGGUUCACUGCAUUGUGGCACAAGAUUUUGUUGCAGAUUUAACAAAUUCUGAUAUCAGAUUGUUGCCUGUGUUUCCUUGGUGCGAGGAGUUUGUAAUUAUACCAGCUGAAAUAUGUGUUUAGGAAGUCUAGCAGGCUAAAUUGUUUUCAGGAGAGUCUUCUUUUUCUUUUCACUGUUUCCUCGUCAUUUAAUAUGGAAUUCUGCCGGCGUUUGGUGAAUUUAGUUGCUCAAAAAGGAAGCAUACUUUUAUCCCCUCUUAAGAAAGCAUGUACAGAGUAUUCCUGUGAUGAUGAUGGACAGUCGUGAAAAGGCGUCUGAGACCACAAAUGCAUAAGUAGAAUUUUACACGGGGUGGCGGUCGACAGCAAUACAAAUACCAAGUAUUCCUGAUUUGUACAUUAGCAUUUCACCAUUAGAAGCAGUAUUCUUCAGACAAAAGCUUGGCAGACAAUCAGAUGGCUAGCCUGUUUCACUUCUGGCAUCAACUGUUUAAUGGCGAGUCUUCCCAGGUAUAUUUCUCUGACACGUCCUUACCAAAAAGUCGUCCUGGCAAAAUUCCUGAAAGCUGUAUAUGAAUAUAGCAAGUGAGAUCAUAUACCAUCUUCUUUCGAGGGUAAAAAUUGAUUGAAAUUCUAGUCAUACAACAUAGUGUUUGAUGGGCGCAGGGUUCUGGUCCAAUUUGUGUAUUCGAUAGAGAAUUUGAGUCUGUAAACUAUUUUACAUGAGAUGUUAGUGUUAGAUGUUUUUAAAAAAGAGUUAAGUCUCUUUACUUGUGUCUUAAUCUUUCAACUAUAGGAAAAUUCCUGUAAUAUUUGAUGAUGCAACUGGACUCAAGGUAUCAGUUCAGUUCCUCGUACAUAGCACAAAAUUAUUAUUAUUAUUAUUAUUUUUACUGAGAUUUUCUUGUGAUA